CUUCAGGCAAGGAUUAUCGUGUGCCAUUGUUACUUUAAGAACUGUACGAAGAAGGGACGUCCAUUUUUGAAAAAGAAAAACACAAAAAAAAAACAAAAAAAAAGAUUAAUUAAAGUUUCAUGGACAGCGGUGUGGAAAUGAAGCCUCCGAAUAUAUCAAUAAUAGACGGAGGUCCAACAAGACAUGUAGAAAGGAAGUCUGCAGCUGCAUCGGUUGAUGUUGCACAGAAAAUAACAACAAAAAAAUCGACCUCAAUAAGAGAGCAACAAAUCGGGAAAUAUAGACUAUUAAAAACGAUAGGAAAAGGCAAUUUCGCUCGUGUAAUGCUCGCCAGACACUUAGUUACGAACAAUGAAGUGGCUAUAAAGAUAAUUGAUAAGACACAAUUAAAUCCCAAUUCAUUGGAGAAAUUGUUUCGGGAAGUGUCAAUAAUGAAAAUUCUACAGCAUCCAAACAUAGUUAAAUUGUAUGAAGUAAUUGAAACUGAUAAGACUUUAUAUCUCGUCAUGGAAUAUGUGAAUAAUGGCGAAGUAUUUGAGUAUUUGGUCAAGAACGGACGAAUGAAAGAGAAUAUCGCGCGACAGAAAUUCAGGCAAAUUGUAUCUGCUGUUCAAUAUCUACACAGUAAAAAGAUCAUCCACAGAGACCUUAAAGCUGAAAACCUCCUCCUUGAUCAGAAUCUCGAUGUCAAGAUUGUUGAUUUUGGAUUCUCGAAUAUGUUUGUCGAAGGUAAUAAAAUGGACACAUAUUGUGGCAGCCCUCCUUAUGCUGCUCCGGAACUAUUUCAAGGCAAAAAAUAUGAUGGUCCUGAAGUCGAUGUUUGGUCGUUGGGCGUUAUUUUAUAUACACUUGUUAGCGGUUCAUUACCGUUUGAUGGAAGUACAUUGAGAGAAUUGCGAGAACGUGUAAUCCGUGGAAAAUAUAGAAUUCCAUUUUAUUUAUCAACCGAUUGUGAAGCCCUAUUGAAGAAGUUCCUGGCAUUAAAUCCUACAAAACGAUACACAUUGGAGCAAAUAAUGAAAGAUAAAUGGAUGAACCAAAAUGAAGAAGAAUUGAAGCCAUAUCCAGAGGGAUCAAUUGAGAUGAAUGACCCGAAAAUUAUUGAUUCACUUCUAACGCUCGGCUAUAAGCUGAGUGAAAUCGAGAAAUCGCUGUCAAAUCGAAAAUUUGAUGAAAUUUGUGGGAUAUAUUUAUUGUUACAAAAUAGUAAUAGAAAAUUAAGCAGAUCAAAACCUGAAAGCAUGACAAGUAUUGCUAGUACAACAAUGUCAGCUGCACCAUCAUCAUCGACGAUGCCAUCGACACAUUCGGUGCCUACAUCCACAAAUAAUCAUCCAAAAAGUGAAACGACAACAAACGGAGAUGGACUUAAAGAGACGUCUUUUAUGACAAUGACACUUGAUGACAAUUCUAAAACUGCCAAACAUUCAAAUAAUGAUCCUCCUUCGCCUGAACCAGCCAACCUUAAACGUCAACAUACAAUCGGACCAGAAUCUCUAAAGGAACGAAAUGCAAUUCGUCUUCAUACCGUCUCGAAUGCAAAUCCAAAUCUUCGACCAAUAUCAGCUACACCGAAAGGUGCUGGCGAGAGAUCAUUACAAAAGAGUCCCGUGAAACCGCUGAGAGCAUUUAAACCUGAAACAUCGUUAAGCACAACUGCACAAACUCCUCGUCGUCCAAAUGUUAAUGUUUAUAAGAAAGUAGAUAAUACAAAAGAUACAACUUCGCUAAUUACACCUAGUUCAACAGUUGGAAACUCCUCGAGUUCGACAUCAAGCAAUGCAUUUACGAGAAAUGGCCCAUCACGAUAUACAUUUCAUUCCGGACAAUCACGUGUACCAACGAGAGAGCACAACACAUUGGGUUCAAAAGCAGAGCCAUCAUUUGGAAAAGGGAACUUUCUUCAACGACUAACGACACGAUUUUCAAAGCGAUUUCGAUUGAAUGGAAAGCAUCCCGCUACGACUGCAGCAACUACCACCGAUAAUUCAAACAGUAAAUAAAAAUUAAUAUAAAAUAGGAACUGAUAUUAUUGAUAUUAAUAAGUAGAGUACUUUAAUGAAUCAUAAAAGUACAACACAUCCAUCAUCCAUCAUCAAAAACAACGGCUUGAACAUUAAGUGUAAUCAUUACUAUUAUUCUUAGUUUAUUAUAUUAUUUUACGAUGAAUUUUGUGCAUCCCAAUUGUGGCUCGAUCGCUAUUAAAUCCUCUGACAAUGAACUUCUACAAAAAACCAUAGGAUCGGAGUAAUAUAUUCAUAUUUACAUAAAUGUUUAAAAUUUAAACGCUCUCACGAAUUAUUAUUUUUCACUAAUUUAAUUAUAAUUUCCCUCUAUUUCGUCGUCGUCUUAAUUCUUAUUUUUUUCUUUCGCUCAUGAUUAGAUGAUUAAAAUAAUUAAAACGUUUAUUAAGAAGAAAAACACAUUUUUAAUGAAUAAAAUAAUUUUUAGGAAACCCA